AUGAAGUUAAUCAGCCUUUUAUUUGCAUUGCCGUUGGCGGCCAUGGCCCAGAAGGCCAUCCCGGUGGAUCACAGACACAUCAUUGCGCACAACACGACCAAGCACAUGGCCAACACGCCGUAUUCCAAUCUUACGAUGGACGACCUCUCGCUCUCGUACUACGCCGAUAACACGGUGAAAGAUGGUAGCCAGACGUACUUGUAUGUCCAGUUGACCCACGUGCAGGAGGUACACCUUGUUUCUGCCCCUCAGGACGAAUCUGUCGGGACAAACACAUUUGUAGCCCACUGGGUGUACAAUUUGACAGGUGUCGUCCAGGUGAACGAAGAGCCGUUAGACUUGGAUGCCUUUGAGGAGGACCAGAAACACGAGUAUGGUGACUUGAACAGUGAUGGAAAAGACGUUAAGGUUGACCUGUUUAAUGCCACGAUGAAGGUUACCGUGCUCAAUGAAACCAGCUUUCGGAUCCUCGGUUCGGUCGUUGAUGUCUCCUUGGAAAAUGCAGUGGUACUGAUGUUUAAUGAGACACGUUUAUUAGCGACGUUAAGAGCGGACCAAGAGCCGGCAAGUGAGAAUAAGGGCGAAGCUAAGGAGGGCGAAUCGGACCACAGCCCAGGGGAGAAAUCGGAUGAAUCCGAGAAGCAGAGAACUUUUACACACCCUGUGGCGACUUUGUUGGGAAUGGUUGUGAUCUUAGCGGCAGGGUUCUACUUUUUCAACAAGCAGCGCCAGGGAUUGAUCAACCGCGGGCUCAUGGCGCGUAUGAGGGGUAAUAAGGACUUUAGACGUACUGCCGGUGACUACGAUAUGGUGCGUAGCGAUGACGAGGAGGAGGGUAUGGAGAUGUUCAGAAUUAGUUCCGACAGGGAGGAUGACGACCGCCAGGAACACAUGUUGUAGGUGACGGUAGCCUAUCUGGGAGAUAUAGCUUACGGACAUUCUACGCUGGAAUGGUGUAGCUUCAGCCUGUGGGACAACCCACUUUGUGUUUUCUGGCUAGGCAGAGGGCCUAGUUUUGCCGAGAGCCCGUUGGGGUAUUUUAUUUAUUAACGCUAUUUUUUUUUUUU